GCGGCGGAGCGUUUCUCCGCGGUGCCUGGCUUCCAGCUUCGGGCCGGAACCGGAAGUCUGGGGGGCGGGGCCGGCGGAGGCCAGGGGACCGAAAACGCGGCCGAGCCCGGAGCCCGGAGCCGGAGCCAGAGCCUGGACCAGAACUUGGCCGCCGCUUGCACCGCUGCCGCCGCCGCCGCCCGCUGCUCCUUCCCCACGCCGCAGCUGCCUCGGCCGCCACGGCCGUGAGCUCGGCCGUCAGUGGUCCGCGGACUUUGGGUGUCCGGGUUGAAGGUCGGUCCGGACGUCGGACCCAGCUCGGUUCCCGGACUGUCCGGGCGGCAGCGGACGCCGCCGCCUCCUCGUCGCCUCAGCCUGGCGUUUUGUUCCGAGAGACCCAAGAGGCGAGCGGAGCUGACAGUGAUUUUGACAGUGAUUUAAACCCGCUUUUGUUGUUGUUGGCUUUUCGUUGUUUGGUUUUGUGUGUUGUGCGUGUGUGUGGCGGUUUUUCCCCCGUGGUGCAUUUUUUUUUUAUUGUUGUGCUCUCUCUUUUUUUUUUUUUUUUUUUCUUCUUAACCCCGUGAACGUUUUUUUGGUCGGGGCUUCCGAAUAUGUUUUAUGACGGUUGAUUUUACACCAGGAGGUUUGUCUCCGAGGAAGACCCAGGGAACUGGAUAUCUAGCGAGAACUUCCUACGGAUUCCUCGGAGCCUCGGGAAAAUGGGAGCUGCUGCAAAGUUGGCGUUUGCCGUCUUUCUUAUCUCUUGUUCUUCAGGUAAAGAUAUCAGCUCACUAAGCCAGAGAGCAGAAGAAAUCAGAAGAGCCCAGUCUGUUACAGAUUAUAGAAUUUUCUACCAUUGAAACCUGUUGGCCAGUAAGGGUGCUAUACUUGGUAGAUCAGAAACUCAGGAGUGUAUUUUCUAUAACGCUAAUUGGGAAAGAGAUAGAACCAACCGAACUGGUGUUGAACCCUGUUAUGGUGACAAAGAUAAAAGGCGACAUUGUUUUGCUACCUGGAAGAAUAUUUCUGGUUCCAUUGAAAUAGUGAAGCAAGGUUGUUGGCUGGAUGAUAUCAACUGUUAUGACAGGACUGAUUGUAUAGAAAAAAAGGACAGCCCUGAAGUAUAUUUUUGUUGCUGUGAGGGCAAUAUGUGUAACGAAAGGUUUUCUUACUUUCCAGAGAUGGAAGUUACACAGCCUACUUCGAACCCAGUUACACCUAAGCCACCCUAUUACAACAUAUUGCUCUAUUCCUUGGUGCCACUUAUGUUAAUUGCGGGGAUUGUUAUUUGUGCGUUUUGGGUGUACAGGCAUCAUAAGAUGGCCUACCCUCCUGUACUUGUUCCAACUCAAGACCCAGGACCACCCCCACCUUCUCCGUUACUAGGUUUGAAGCCACUACAGUUAUUAGAAGUGAAAGCAAGGGGAAGAUUUGGUUGUGUUUGGAAAGCCCAGUUGCUCAAUGAAUAUGUAGCUGUGAAAAUAUUUCCAAUACAGGACAAACAGUCAUGGCAAAAUGAAUAUGAAGUUUAUAGUUUACCUGGAAUGAAACAUGAGAACAUAUUACAGUUCAUUGGUGCAGAAAAACGAGGCACCAGUGUUGAUGUGGACCUUUGGCUAAUCACAGCAUUUCAUGAAAAGGGUUCACUGUCAGACUUUCUAAAGGCUAAUGUGGUCUCUUGGAACGAAUUGUGUCAUAUUGCAGAAACCAUGGCAAGAGGAUUGGCAUACUUACAUGAGGAUAUACCUGGCCUAAAAGAUGGCCACAAACCUGCCAUAUCUCACAGGGACAUCAAAAGUAAAAAUGUGCUGUUGAAAAACAACCUGACAGCUUGCAUUGCAGACUUUGGGUUGGCGUUAAAAUUUGAGGCUGGCAAGUCUGCUGGUGAUACCCAUGGACAGGUUGGUACCCGGAGGUAUAUGGCUCCAGAGGUAUUAGAGGGUGCUAUAAACUUCCAAAGGGAUGCAUUUUUGAGGAUAGAUAUGUACGCCAUGGGAUUAGUCCUGUGGGAACUGGCUUCUCGCUGUACUGCUGCAGAUGGACCUGUAGAUGAAUACAUGUUGCCAUUUGAGGAGGAAAUUGGCCAGCAUCCAUCUCUUGAAGAUAUGCAGGAAGUUGUUGUGCAUAAAAAAAAGAGGCCUGUUUUAAGAGAUUAUUGGCAGAAACAUGCUGGAAUGGCAAUGCUCUGUGAAACGAUAGAAGAAUGUUGGGAUCACGAUGCAGAAGCCAGGUUAUCAGCUGGAUGUGUAGGUGAAAGAAUUACUCAGAUGCAAAGACUUACAAAUAUCAUUACUACAGAGGACAUUGUAACAGUGGUCACGAUGGUGACAAAUGUUGACUUUCCUCCCAAAGAAUCUAGUCUAUGAUGGUUGCACCAUGUGUACACACUGAGAAACAGGACUCUGAACUGGAGCUGCUAAGCUAACGAAACUGCUUACAGUUUAUUUUCUGUGAGAAAUGUGUAGGAUGUCUCCCGGACACGUCAAGAUGACCCUCAUUUGAAAAUGUGGCUCUGGGAGACGUACAGCAUUGCCUGCAGCAGAGACGUGAAGGACGUGAGACUAAGAAAAGUUGCAGACUCUAAAGAAACUUUUGAAAAAGUGUACAUGAAGAACAUGACCCUCUCCAAAUCAAGGGUCUUUUGGACCUGGCUAAUCAAGUGUUUGAAAACUGACAUUGGAUUUCUUAAUGUCUGUCAGAAGACACUAAUUCCUUAAAUGAACUACUGCUAUUUUUUUUUUUUUUUAAAUCAAAAACUUUUCAUUUCAGAUUUUAAAAAGGGUAACUUGUUUUUAUUGCAUUUGCUGUUGUGUUUCUAUAAAUGACUAUUGUAAUGCCAAUAUGACACAGCUUGUGAAUGUUUAGUGUGCUGCUGUUCUGUGUACAUAAACAAAGUCAUCAAAGUGGGGUACAGUAAAGAGGCUUCCAAGCAUUACUUUAACCUCCCUCAACAAGGUAUACCUCAGUUCCACGGUUGCUAAAUUAUAAAAAUUGAAAACACUAACAAAAUUUGAAUAAUAAAUUGAUCCAUGUUUUCUAACAAGGUAUUACAAAUUCACUGUGUUAUUUAAGAAAAAAAGGUAAGCUAUGCUUAGUGCCAACACUAAGUGGCCAUUUGUAAAGCAGUGUUUUAGCUUUUCUUGUGCUAGCUUGUAAUUUAAGGAAAAAAAAAGUGCUGUUUUUUGAAAUGAAAAAAUGAUGUCAUUUCCCCCUUCUUCCCAUGUUUUAAAGCUUCAUCUUCUAUCCAGUUCCCAAAUUAUUGCAUACUUACCUAAGUAUUUUUUUUUUUUUAAGGUGUGCUGUGUUUGGGGAAUAUUUGAAAAUUUAAAGCAUGAUUUAAAUUUUUUAAAGUGAGCUGUGACACUGGAAAGCUCUUCAUUUUUAUUCUUUUAAAAUAGAUUUUUUUCCUAUUUAUAUAUGUAAAAUUGUAGUGUAUUUCUUUUCACCAAACAGUGUGUGGGACAUUCUUUAUCACUGUUUAAGGAUCACCUCAGGAAGUGUCAUUACCCAGAAUUCCUCACUCUCUGCUUUGAGACUUGUAACUUUAUCACUAUAUUUCUGCUUGGUGCCAUCUUGUCAGAGUAAUAUUUGAUGUCUGUGAUACAUGAAGAAUUAUCCUAGGAUAGAGGUUUUAAAUUUUAAGCACAGAUUUCAGAUGUUACUGCUUUAAAAAAAAAAAAUCAGGGAUAACAAGUUAAACUUACAAACUUAAAAUAUGCAAUGACAUUUAGAGGUAACCCAUGUUGAUAUAGGUAAUAUAACCUAGCCUCUUCCCAUAAAUUGCUUUCACAACUAUGAUAUUUAGAAUAGUUUCCUUGAUAAGAAAAUGGAACUGAUGGUAGGUAGGUGCCAAAGUGCUUUUCAAAACACUAUUACAUUAGAAUAUAAUUGGAUUCUUCCUCAAAUUUAUACAGGCCAAAGUAAAACAUUAAUUUCCUGAAUUUCUAGAUUACUGACCAACAAAUAGCCAGUAUUAUGCUAUGUACUUUUGUCAGGUCAUUUAAAAAUCCAUACAUUAAUUUUAUACAAGAAUUUUUUACAUGUCACUAUCAGGAGCUCACUGUGAAUGUAUUAUCUUCAAAUGGCUAUUUAACCACACAGUACACUACGUUUUACAUAUAAUGUGCACUUAAUCUCUGGGAAUAAUAAAUUAUAUUAUUUAUAGAUAAUGCAUAGGUCAACAGACUCUAAGCAGGGAGGGAAAGAAGAGUAAUAGCAUUGUUGUCUGUGUGCCACACACCAUACAGAAUUUUGUGCUCUUGGGUCACAUAUAUACCCAAGUUUUCAUUGUAUUCCUAAGAAUUCCCAUUUCAAUGUUGAGUUUCACCUCUUUAUUUCAAAAAGUACUUGACAUCUCAAUUUCUUGAUUUCGUUUUACUUCCACUUUGAAAUACCAAGAUGGGAAAAUGACAACGUUCAUAACAUGGAAACUGUCAAUCUCCUGAAGACCAAUUUCUACCUGUUCUAAACAUUUAAUUCUAUUUUUAAGAGUAAAAAAAAAAAAAAUAAAAUCAAAACAAAAACAAGGAAUAUUAUGAAUGUUUGGCUUAUGUGAGCACUUGAGAUAAAUUUUAUAAGAUCAGUUAUUUUCUCUUCAUGUUAGAAAACAUUUUUAGAAAUCCUGGGUAUUAUACUUAACUCUAGCUAACCAACUUUAAAACUUGUAUCCUUUUGAAAACUAUAUUAAUAGAAAAACACUUUUUAUAAGCAGUAAAAUAAGAAUGUUCCAGUGACUACCUGUCCUGAUACCUAGUCUUGUUAAAACUUUCUUUUGCAGGGCAUUUUCAUGUUAGGUUUACAGUCAGCGCAGAGUGGGCAAGCUUACAAAAGGUUUGAGCUAGGGAUACUGAAAAAUAGAUCCAAGAAUGAGAAAAACGAUGACUUCUUUGUUUUGGGGUGAAAUGAGACCCCAGUAUUUUUUUCCUCAUGUGUAUGGUGCUCUUUAUGAUUCGUCUUGUAUUUUGCCUUUCUGAUACCCAUCAGAACUGCUGCUCUUCCACUCUUUAACCUUGCCCAAAUCUCCGCGUAAGGAAUGCUUUAUGAUCAACUGCCCUAGGACUGAUGGAUUAACCAGUGUUUGGCUUUAUUCGAAGUCUAUGCCCUGCACAGCUCUUGUAUGUAUUUUAGAUGCUAGGAAGUUUUUAGCAUGUGAAGUGUGACUCUCGUUUGAAUGUUUAUUACAGGUACCUUGUGAAUUCCAGAACAGAGACUGUGCCUCACAAUUGUUGCUCCCAUGAACUUGCACUAUCUUUCAUGGUGAUGUUUUAAAAAUACAAUCAGGAAAACAAAACAAAAGGAGUUUGGAAUUUAAAGUAGAAUCAUCUGUCAUCAAAUUUAAAAAGAACCUCUUCUUCCUCCUUUCCUCAACCCUAAGUAACAGCUACAUUUAAGUAAAAUGCAGGUGGGUAGGGGAAAAAACCCUGGCCAGAUGAUAGUUUAAGUGGAAUUAAACUGAUUACUAUUUUAGAAAAAAUGCUUCUCCACAAAUAUUUUCCAGUUUCUCUUUUUUACCUUUUUAAAAAAUUACUUUUUAGAAACAUUUGGUAUAAUGUGCAUAAAAUUAUUUACUGAUUUAUGGGCAAAAUGAUACAAGUAGCAUCUUGAUUGAACAUCAUUUACCUCAGAUAUUCAACCAGCAGUACAUUUUUUAUGCAGUCUCAAUCCAUAUCCUAUUUGUUACCUCUCAAAAUAUUGGUAAGCAAUUAUUUUAGCUUUACUCUGUAUUUCUUGUCAGUGUUUUGGGCACAGGUUGUUGUACUACUGUCAAAUUGUACUUGCUAUUUUUUUCUGCAAGUAUUUAACAAAAAGCUAAAAAAAAAAAAAAAAAAGCCCCAUAAAACCCCACCUUGGAUAAGUGAUUGUUAAAUAU